UUACCUGCUGCUGAGCUAAGCAGUAGCACAGUCCAUGAUCACUGGCGCAGCAGGCUAGCGAAAGGUGGAACAGAAGUAUUGGGGAUUAUCUCUUGACAAAGAUGUCAUUCAUUCAACUUAUCCUUGUUGUUGUGUUUCUGCUGCCGGGCUCUGAGCAACAACAAAGCCCUGGAGAACCGAGGCCUUCCGUAAAACCGCCAGAUGGACACUGUAAAGAUUGCAACAGCUGUUGCUGUGCACCCGGAAUCCCAGGUAUCCCUGGAAUUCAAGGAUCCGCCGGACCGGCGGGUGCUGCUGGAUCACCCGGCAUUCAGGGGCCCCAAGGGCCUUCGGGUCCUGCGGGCCCGCCAGGGAGCAAGGGUGAUUCAGGCAAUGUGGGAGUUCCAGGCCCUCCCGGCCCUCGAGGACAUCCAGGGCCCUACGGUCGUAACUGGAAGCAGUGCGUGUUUACCAAUCUCAAUAAUGGCAUCGAUACUGGACUCAUCAAGGAAUGUAUUUUCAAUAAGAUAUCAGACCGUACAGGGUUGCGUAUUUUCUGGAAUGGUCCUCUUCGCAUCUAUAACUGCCAUGCAUGCUGCAGACGAUGGUAUUUCAAAUUCAAUGGUGCCGAGUGCUCUGCCCCCGCGGCGAUUGAUGGAGUGGUUUACAUGGUACACGGAAACGGCGCCAAGAAAGAUUUACACCGCGUGCGGCAAAUCGAAGGCGUGUGCGAGAAAGUACCCAAAGGUGUCGUGCGCGUGGAAUUGUGGGUCGGUGACUGUGCUGGCUACGGAUCCGCUGAUGCAUACACAGGCUGGAACUCAGUGUCCCGGAUUUACGUGGAAGAAGUACCACCUCCACAGGCUUAACAGCAUUCGUUGUGAAACGCGGGCGAGAAAACAUUUGAAUCUUAUUACAGCUUUUAAUUGCAACUAAACUUAUUACAAUUCUUAACACUGAACUGCUACUGAAACAGAAAUUGUAAACUCAACGGUAUAAUGGAGGCCAGUGUUUAAUCCAAUUAAUCGAGGUAAAAAUAUUAGUUUGAGUAAUAUAUCGCCACGGACAUAUAAAAGCAAAAAGAAGCUGUAUAUUAAAUUUGUUUGUGAAGUUUCGUUUGGCUACGUUUCAAACUUUAUAACGCCGAGGAAAUUUUCUGCACUGAUUAAUAAAGGGUUACAUGUAAAUCUUAUGCUGGUCAGUAAAGAACAUUUGAAAGUUGAUUCAAGGUGAACAUGAGCAAAAUCGGUGUGGCAAGUGGGACUGAGCCAGAGGCCUAAUUCCCUGAAUGAGUUACGCCCUCCAGUGACUACCUCGACCUCUCCCUUGACGCAAUCAUGCCAUGCCGAUCAUUCAGAGACGUUUAUGCUGGUUGUAAUUAGCUAUUAGUCGUCAUUUCUCUGGCCUUCAAGAUUGCAGACUAUGAAAAAUGUGUCGUUUUGCUUUUUCCAAUACUAAUAUAAAAGCACUUAACAAAACUGAUUCACGUGCAAACUAGACAGAAAAUCAAUGCGAAGCUCGGAAGAUCACUUUUUCCCUCCUUUUUACCGACACAUUUAUCGACAGUUUUGCCCCAAAUCGGUCCCAAUUAGCUCUUCAGAGGUCGAACAUUUCUAUUUAUUGGAAAGUAAAGUCAAUUUCUAAAGCCCAACCAAGGCGCCCUCGAGGCACUGACCACAGUUGACAUGAUACAUGUAUAAAACCUAACACUUACUGAUAGACGCCGACGGCGGGAUUUCUCAGAAAAAAAAAAUUCAGCUCUCGGUGAAACUUCACGAUAACAGUAGAGUAUAGUGCAUUGUGAGGAAAUUGCAUUGGUUAACAUUGAUAUAAUGUAAUGAGAUAUUUGCAUUGAGCUCUUUACAUUAUCCGUAUGAUUAUGUUGAUCAUAUGUUGUAUGUUGACUCACACAGUUGUCCUUUAAUAAAAAAAAACUUUCUUCA